UACCCGACACCGCAGCCCUGUUGUGUUUAUGGGACGGGCGCUGCCAACGGGGACGGACGGGACCCACCCGCUAUGGGGACACUGAGCCCCCUAUUGCAUCUGGUCGUUGUCUUCGCCCCCCAUCAUGGCGGAUCCCUUGGGCUGCUGUGAGCGCGUGGCCAUCAACGUGGCGGGUCGACGCUUCGAGACCCUGGGCCGGACCCUCCUGCGCUUCCCCAACACCCUCCUUGGAGACCCCCGACGUCGACGUCGUUUCUUCGACCCCCAACGCCGCGAGUAUUUCUUCGACCGCCACCGCGGCGCCUUCGGGGCCGUGCUGUAUUACUACCAAUCGGGAGGGAGGUUACGGCGACCCCCCGACGUCCCGUUGGACGUUUUUAUGGAAGAAUUGAGGUUUUAUCAAUUGGGACCCGAAGCCGAAGAUCGAGUCCGCGAGGCCGAAGGUUUGGGGUUGGAGUUACCGCGGCCGUUACCGCGAGGGCGGCUCCGCCGUCGGGCCUGGCUGCUUUGUGAGCACCCCGAGAGCUCCCCGGCGGCGCGAGCCGUGGCGCUGCUCUCCGUCCUCAUCAUCCUCGUCUCCAUCGUCGUCUUCUGCCUCGAGACCCUCCCCCAGUUCAAGGCUGGGGGGGAGGAGGACGAGCAGCUCCCGACCUCCUCCCCCAACACCACGGACACGGACCCCCCCUCCGGCAGCCGCUCUUGGUCCGACGACCCCUUUUUCUUAGUGGAGACCCUUUGUAUCUGCUGGUUCUCCCUGGAGCUGCUGGUCCGGCUCUUGGCCAGCCCCAGCAAAUCCAAGUUCUUCCGUAACGCCAUGAACCUCAUCGACGUGGCCGCCAUCAUCCCCUACUUCAUCACGUUAGGGACGGAGCUGGCUCGACGUCGCGGCGUGGCUCAACCCGCCAUGUCCUUGGCCAUCCUCCGAGUCAUCCGCUUGGUGCGGGUCUUCCGGAUCUUCAAGCUGUCCCGGCACUCCAAGGGGCUGCAGAUCCUGGGGCAGACCCUCAAGGCCAGCAUGCGGGAGCUGGGUUUGCUCAUCUUCUUCCUCUUCAUCGGCGUCAUCCUCUUCUCCAGCGCCGUCUACUUCGCUGAGGCCGAUGACGCCGACAGCAGCUUCACGUCCAUCCCUCAGGCUUUUUGGUGGGCUGUGGUCACUAUGACCACGGUGGGUUAUGGGGACAUGGCCCCCGUUACGGUGGGGGGGAAACUGGUGGGGUCUCUAUGCGCCAUCGCCGGGGUGCUGACCAUCGCCCUGCCCGUCCCUGUCAUCGUGUCCAACUUCAGUUUCUUCUAUAGGAGGGAAUUAAGGGGGGACGAAGGGGGGGAGUGUGUGCCCACCCCCCCUUGUCCGUUGCAUGGGGUCCAAGAGACCCCCCCGGGGAGCUUGCUUGAAAACGAGGGGAGGGGGGCCAAGGCGGGGGAGAUGGUGGACCAUCGGCGGCCG